AUGGUCGUCGAAGAUCAUCAAUUACUGGUUCUGGCUGCAUUCGAAGCAGAUGGUCAGAGGAACAUUGACGCAGCGAAACAUUUCUUGGCCAAGAACAAGUUUGCAGACGCACGACUCAGCAUCCAGCGGGCUCGUGCAGUGCUGAAAAAAGCAAAGGUGGGGAGAGAACCCGAACUGAGAGCUCUUGAGGGGAGUAUAGAGCAGGCAGAGGUGAAGGCAGCAAGGUAUGAGAUGGCUCGAGAAAAACUUGCUGAAGCAAGAAUUGCAUUCAGCCGUGGCCCUUCGGAUGAGGAGCAAGUGCUAGCGCUGCAGCAAAUUCGCGAUCUGGAUGUUAAAGUUGAGUCAUCGCAAUGGUGGAAUACAGCAGCUCCUGGCAAUGGCGGCAACUCACAAUCAGUUCGAGAUCCCAACAUUGAAAGCUGCAGACCACGAUCCUCAGAGGAGCUCAGGACGAAAGAUGCACUCGCUAAACAAACUGCAUUACAACGAGCGACGAUGGAUGCAAAGAACGCUUUGCUAGCGCGAAUUCGGAAAAAAGGAUCAUCACACGACUCUUCACGAAAUCUUACGGCAAAGCAGACAGAAGAUUCAAAUCUGAUACAGGAGAAAUUUGCAGAAGGAAUUUCGCUCUAUGCCGAUUUUGAGAAAGCUUUGAAAGAUGAGGACACUGUUCUUGCACGGCUGAAGUUCUUCGAAAAGCAGAAGGCCGUCUGCUCUCCUUAA